UACACAUUCAUCCAAAUCAACCGUCUGGCAAAUUUACUGAACGCUGCUUCAUGCUGACGAACUUCGCGGUUGAUCUUUUGGUAACGCAUCAAAGCGCCGCUGGGGACGUUUCCAGGUUUUGUGGCAAGGGAUUUCGGCAAGUUCCAGAUAAACAAAUGCAAGAGGUGGUGGUAUUCAAUUCACUUCGCUUUCAGCAGAUGCUGAGUUCAUUCUCCAGUGCAAAUAUGGAGCUGGACACAAUCACUGGACGUGCAGGAACGGCGCACAUUGAGAUUAAGGCACUGAGAAAUCAAAUCAUCUGAGCAAACACAAUCAGUUUUCAUACAUAAGUAUUUUAAACGCUGUGAAACCGUAUAAAAUGUGGAUUAUAGUGCUGUGGAUUUUUGUCCAAGUUUUGUCUUGCACUUCAGUCGAAGCUCAGCAUGUGGACCCUGAAGUGGGCUUAACAGCUCAGGAACAAGUUCUCCUGCUGUACGACAUCAAAUUGCAGUGCCUUCAGAACAUCUCCGAACAUAACCCUGCUGAUGAGGUCUGUUCUCCUGGAUGGGACGGGUUGGUUUGCUGGCCUCAAGGUUCCCCAGGAACCGUCACCAAAGUGCCGUGUCCCAGCUACGUGUACGACUUCAACCACAACGGAUUUGCAUACCGUCAGUGCGACUUGAAUGGGUCGUGGGUAUCGGUGGAAAACAGAACUUGGGUCAAUUAUUCAGACUGUCUGCGGUUCUUGGCUCCAGGCAUCGAAAAGGGCAAAAGGGACUUUUUCGAGCGGCUGCACAUUAUGUACACGGUUGGCUACGCGGUGUCCUUCAGCUCGCUGCUGGUUGCCAUUUUCAUCAUCGGAUACUUUCGGCGUCUCCACUGCACCAGAAACUACAUCCACAUGCACCUCUUUGUGUCUUUCAUGCUGCGUGCAGUCAGCAUCUUCGUGAAAGACAGAGUGGUGUACGCUAAUGGUGUGCUACAGGAGUACGACACCAUGCUAAUGGACAACAUCAGCACCGUCUCCAUUUCCCCUCUUGACAAGACUCAAUAUGUUGGCUGCAAGAUCACAGUCUUAUUCUUCAUUUAUUUCCUGGCAACCAACUACUACUGGAUCCUAGUGGAGGGCCUGUACCUUCACAGUCUCAUUUUCAUGGCGUUCUUCUCUGACUCCAGAUAUCUGUGGGGUUUCACCCUCAUAGGGUGGGGUGUUCCGGCUCUCUUCGUAUCAACCUGGGCUGUCGUCAGGGCAACGCUAGCGGAUGUAAGGUGUUGGGAGUUGAGCGCCGGCAAUAUUAAAUGGAUUUACCAAGUUCCUAUACUGACAGCAAUUGGGCUGAACUUUAUUCUGUUUGUAAAUAUCGUACGAGUUCUGGCCACGAAGAUCCGAGAGACGAACGCGGGGAGGUACGACACUCGUAAACAGUACAGGAAGCUGGCUAAGUCCACACUGGUUCUGGUCCUGGUUUUCGGCGUGCACUACAUAGUGUUUGUGGGAAUGCCGCACACGUUCACAGGUCUCGGCUGGGAGUUACGCAUGUACUGUGAGCUGUUUUUCAACUCAUUCCAGGGAUUUUUUGUGUCCAUUAUCUACUGCUUUUGCAAUGGAGAGGUCCAGACAGAAAUCCGAAAGACCUGGCUUCGCUGGACGCUUGCCUUUGACUGGAAAGGUCCCGUCGUUUUGGCCAACUACCGCUAUGGGACAGUCCUGAACAGCAGCGGUGCCAGCGUCCAGUCCCAGCUCACCUCAGUGACCCGCAGUUCCGCCCUCCUCACCAGCAGGGUGUACCGCUGCACCGCUCAGCCCAGCGCUGGCUCGUUAACGCACAAUUCGCAAAUACACACCACCCUGCCUGGUUACGUCUUCAGCAACUCGGACAUCGAGAGCCUUCCACCUUCCAUUCCAGAGGAAAUUGAAGAGGAGGCCAAACACAUUGACGACAUCACGCUCAAAGGCGUUAACAACAUCGCCGUACGACAGGAAGCCCUCAGCAUCUGUUUCGAAGAGAGCGGACAAAGCUCAUCCCACACGGACUCUGAUGACGUCAGAUGUCGUCCCGAUGACGUCACAACACCAGAAAUCGGCAAAUGCACUGAUAAAAUAUCGCUGAAGGAUUCUUUAUCGGUGCGGUACAACAGUUUGGAUCAAGAGGACGAGGAAGUACUUUAAAAUGAAGUUUGCAAUCCAUUUUACUUCUGCAAAGCAACGUGUCUAUAAUUGGAACGAAAAAAUAAUUGAUUAGAUUGUAGAAACCAGCAGAUUGGAGCCUAAUUUGCUAAAAUAGUGCCUGAAUAGCUAUUUGGCUAUUUGUUAGCGUUAUCCAAUAAUGCUAAGUGAUAAAGGUCUAAGUGAAAACGACGUAAAAGGAAAGUACCGUAAGUUUUAAUACUAAGGCAAAAAUAUUUUUCAAUGUUUUUCUUUGGAAUGACAUGCAUUAAUUCACAAUAACACAGAAAACGUGUCUUAUACGGAAUAGUUCACCUAAAAAUUUAAAUUUGCUGAAAAUGUACUCACCCUCAGGCCAUCCAGGAUGUAGAUGAGUUUGUUUCUUCAUCCAAUUUGGAGAAAUGUAGCAUUACAUUACUUGCUUGCCAAUGGAUCCACUGCAGUGAAUGGGUGCCGUCAGAAUGAGAGUCCAAACAGCUGAUAAGAAACAACACAAGUAAUCCAAAUGUAAUCCAAAAGUAGUCCAUCAAUUAACAUCUUGUGAAGUGAAAAUCUGCAUGUUUAUAAGAAACGAAUCCAUCAAGAUUUUUUAAAUUCAAAAAUACGAGUCAUCUAUCCGUAAUAUUGUUUAUCCAGUGAAACUACACCUUUAAGAAAGUAAAUCAAGUCCGUUUUGAUUCGUGUUGACUUUGAAAUUAUCGCAAAUAGUCAAACAAGGAGUUCUUACGUGUUGUAUAAUGCAUGAAAAAAAUAUUGGUUGAAAUCAACUGGUUUCACUCGUUCCGAGCCUUGCGAGAGAUUUGUGUUGACAUUUGCGCUCUUCUUUGCUGGAAAUUCGCGCCACCUACUGCCGUGUAAGACUGUUGACAUCGUUAAGUUUGGUAAAGUAGCUAUGUGUAAAUAUUUCCUCCACUAAGUGUCAAGCUGUGGGUUUAUUUUUGCGAUCAAAUGACGUCCGGUCAUUCAAACAGUGGGAAUAAUUCAUGAAACACAAGCGAAAUGCGUUAAUAGUUCGUAAACGUGUUCUUGUAAAUGUUUUCAGUUUAUGCAAGAGUGGUUUUACAAAUCAUUUAAAGAGAACCCUGGGUAUUAAGACUUGUGUGGCGUAAAUGAUGUCUUUUACUGCAAUAUGUAGUAGAAAAUCUAUUAAAGAGUUACGCUAUUUCAAAUAUCCACAUCGUUUAAUACAUAUUUUAGACUAUGGGGGGUGGCGCCAUUAUUUUCAAUGAUGUCAAAUGGCUGCACUUGGUGAGCUACUAGUGCUACCGGUUGCUAUUUUUACCACGACACAACUCAGAAUACACAAGUCGCAAAAUACAAUACUGAUACGAUGACACAUUGUGUGGCUUUUGGUUGUAAUUUUUAGUCGAAGGUCAACGAGAAGCGAUGCAAGUUUUGACUGCUUUCCUAACAAUAAAAAGAGGGGAAAAGAAUGCCUGUGGACGAAUAAAACUUCCUAAAGACCCACGAUCUCUUCACUUUAGCCCUGAUGCCUUUUAGCUACUUAAAGAGCUUACAAAUGGCAGAGACAAGAAACGCUAGAUGCCAUCCUGGCAGGAUGUAAACAUGCCGAUGCUUGUCAUGAUGCCGCAGCCACUACAGGAGUUUCUUAGCGUGGAUUUCACAUGAUAUCCGGGGGUGUUUAGACUCCUUGUGGGGAAAAAAACAAUGGUACAGCAUUUCUACCUGACCUCAUGGCGAAAACAUACCUGUGGGAACUUUAUCACAAGACGUGAAAUACAUACCAAUAAGUACAUAUCACUGCAGUUUCCAACAGAAAUGAACACUAGAGGCGGUAAAAGAGCGAGUACUUAUAAUCGUUUUCGUACACAGUUAUGAUUACAGCUCCAUAUGUUUCGACAAGCUUGCUCAGUAGCUCAGCUAGCACAGGAUUGGACUUAGUAUGCGAAAUCCUUGGGUACGAAUCCUGUGAAAAACAUGAGGAUGCAGCUGUAUAUUUAUGUUCAUUAUUCAUUCCAUAGUGUUAUCCAUAUAUCAUAGUAACAGUAGAUAAUAACAGUUUUAACCACAAAUAUAGCACAUCUUUUUACAAAAAUGUAAUAUGGUUCCUAGUAUAAAUGCAUAAAUGCUAUACCUUAAUAAAAAACUGUAAUUAUAUUCCUUUACUCCAAUACAUUUAAUACAUGUCAACAUUAAUAAUAUAAUAAAAUUCGACACAAAUAUACCCACAUUUCUGACACAAUACUACUGUGCACUUAGAGCUACUAUGGUAAAUGAUUUGUAGAUUAAAAAGCCUUCUGACUGUAUUGUU